AUGCCCUCUGAUCCAACGGCGUAUACGCUGGUAGCCUCUAAUGGAGGCUACCAGUUGGACAUGUCGACACAGGAGCUCCGUGCGAACCUUCAAAGUCAGAACGAUGAGGUCAAGCUGGAGACGCUCCGUGCCAUUAUCGUAUCGACGUUGAAUGGCGAGUCGCACGCGUCGCUCCUGAUGCCGAUCAUCCAAUAUGUACUCCCAAGCAAGAACAAGCAGCUCAAGAAGAUGCUCCAGUUCUACUGGGAAGUGUGCCCCAAGCUUGAUGCCGAGGGCAAGCUGAAGCAAGAGAUGAUCCUGGUAUGCAACGCCAUCCGGAACGACCUUCAGCACCCCAACGAAUACAUCCGAGGCUCCACCCUGCGUUUUCUCCAGAAGAUCAAGGAGCAGGAAAUCCUUGAGCCAUUGAUUCCGACAGUGCGCCAAUGCCUCGAGCACCGUCACAGCUACGUGCGCAAGAACGCGGUAAUGGCGAUCUGGACGAUCUACCAGCGUCAUGAGCAGCUGAUCGUGGAUGCUCCGGAGCUCAUGGAAGAGUUUCUUGCGAAUGAAUCAGACGCAACGUGCAAGCGCAAUGCACUGCUGAUGCUAGUGUACUGUGCACCAGAGCGGGCGGUCGAGUAUUUGUCCAGCGUCAUGAGCCAGGUGCCCGUGAUGGAUGAACUCAUGCAGCUUGCGGUUAUCGAGCUGAUUCGUCAAGAGUCGAGGAAUGAGAGCGCUAACUUGUCGGAGUAUAUCCAGGUCGUAUCAGAACUCCUGGCGUCCUCGAGUCAUGCAGUAAAGUACGAGGCCGCCAUUACUCUUGCAGGAUUGGCGCAUAAUGUGCCUGCUGUCAAAGCCGUUGCCAGUGCCCUGAUCGAGCUCACUGUGCAAGAAAGUGACAACAAUGUCAAGCUGAUUGUUCUCGACCGUCUGGAUGGUCUCCGCCAGCGCCAUGACCAUGUCCUUGACCCCUUGGUGAUCGAGCUCCUCCGUGUCCUGUCUAGCUCCGAUAUGGAUGUGCGCAAGAAGGUCCUGGAUAUGGCACUGGAAAUGAUGUCUAUCCGCACUGUAGAGGAGGUGGUACUCACCCUGCGCAAGGAGCUAACGAAAACGUCGCAGUCCCAAGAUGCCAACACCGACUACCGUCAACUCCUUAUUAAGUCAUUACAUACAUGCGCGGUGCGCUUCUCCGAGGUUGCUGGAGAUGUAAUGCGUGAGCUGAUGAACUUCCUUGGCGAUUCAAGCAGCACCAGUGCUGUGGAUGUCAUUGCUUUUGUCCGCGAGGUGGUGGAGCGUUUCCCUGACAUGCGUGAGAACAUUCUCGCCAAGCUCAUCAGCUCGUUCUCUGACUUCAGAAAUGGGAAAGUGUACCGAGGCGCUCUCUGGGUGGUCGGCGAUUACUGUAUGUCGAUCAACAGCGUCAACGAAGCCAUGCAGCAGAUCCGCCAGGUGCUUGGCGAAGUCCCGAUUCUUGCUGCUGAAGAACGAGCUGCGGAGCAGACAGAGCAGCCCUCCGUGGAAGACGAGCCAUCUUCAGCACCACGCACCGUGCCUACGACACGAGUUCGCGCCGACGGCACCUAUGCUACUGAGUCUGCCCUCACCGUGGAAGCACCCAUUGAGAAGCCGAGCUCGCGCAGCAAGCCACCGCUUCGCAGUCUGAUCCUCUUUGGCGACUUUUACACGGCGUCAGUGUUGGCAGCGACCUUGGUCAAGCUUGUUCUCCGCUUCUUAAGCCUCUCCUCAGAUGAAGCAGCUAACAAUCGGCUUCGCGCUGAAGCUAUGUUGAUCAUGACGUCUAUUGUCCGUGUGGGCCAGUCCAAAUAUGUUGCUGCUACGAUUGAUGAGGACUCCAAGGAGCGCAUUAUGACUUGCCUUCAAAUUUUGGGUCGUGCCACGACUUCGCUUGAUGAAGCUCAAGCGGCUGCAGAGGUUUUCCUCGAUGCUUCCCGCGACGCAUAUGCCCAUGUGCUUCAGCAUGAACGCCAGAAGGAGUCAGAACGCUCUAAUCGACACCAGGAAGAGACUUUGAUCCAGCCUCAAACUCAACUGUCAUUCCGGUUACUCGGUGAUUCCAAGGGCCAAGACGAAGAGAUCGACUUUACGGCUGAGUUGAGUCGUGCAACUGGCAUGUCUGCGGUUCCGAAGGACGACUUUAUCAGCAAGCUGCAACGUGUUGUACAGCUGACAGGCUUUUCUGACCCUAUCUAUGCGGAAGCAUACGUGGAUGUGCAUCAAUUUGAUAUCUUGCUGGACAUCCUGGUGGUGAACCAGACGCAAGAGACGUUCCAGAACAUGAGUGUGGAACUUGCAACGUUGGGUGACCUCAAGCUAGUAGAGCGCCCUUCCACAUAUACUUUGGCCCCUUACAGUUUCCAGAGCAUCAAGGCCACUAUUAAAGUUUCUUCUACAGAAACGGGUGUCAUCUUUGGCAACAUUGUAUACGAGCGUGCGAGCGGAGGUGCGAGUAGCACUGGUGACAGCUCUUAUGUUGUUCUGAAUGACAUUCACGUGGAUGUCAUGGACUACAUCUCACCUUCUGUUGUUAACGAAACACAGUUCCGCAGCAUGUGGACUGGCUUCGAAUGGGAGAACAAGGUCAACGUUAAGACAAAUCUUUCGUACGUAUGGAAUAAACUGACCUGCAGUGACGUCCGCGAGUAUCUUCGGCACAUCAUGAAGGCCACUAACAUGGCUUGUCUCACACCUGAGGCUAGUCUGGCUGGGGAAUGCGGGUUCCUCAGCGCGAAUCUCUCCGCGUCCAGCUUAUUCGGGGAAGAUGCUCUUGCGAAUGUUAGCAUUGAGCGUCUAGACGAUGGUACCAUCCAGGGUCAUGUCCGUAUCCGCUCAAAGACGCAGGGGAUCGCUUUGAGUCUGGGCGAUAAAAUCACGCUGGGUACGUAUGCGUAG